AUGGCAUCAUCCACCGCUGCGACCAGCAAAAACCUGGACGCCUGGCUGGAGAAGGUUCAGAAAGCCCAAUACCUUGCAGAGGAGGAGCUCAAGUCUCUUUGCGACACGGUCAAGGAAAUCCUGGUGGAGGAGUCCAAUGUGCAGCCUGUGAACACCCCCGUCACGGUGUGCGGCGACAUCCAUGGCCAGCUGCACGACCUGCUGAAGCUCUUCGAGACGGGGGGCCAGGUCCCCGCCACCAACUACAUCUUCAUGGGCGACUUUGUGGACCGCGGCUACAACUCCCUGGAGGUCUUCACGCUGCUCAUGCUGCUCAAGGCGCGCUGGCCCGCCCACGUCACCCUGCUGCGGGGGAACCACGAGUCGCGGCAGAUCACUCAAGUGUACGGCUUCUAUGACGAAUGCCAAAGAAAGUACGGGAACGCCAAUGCCUGGCGGUACUGCACGGAGGUCUUUGACUUCCUGACGCUGUCGGCCAUCAUCGACGGCCGUGUGCUGUGUGUGCACGCCGGCCUCUCGCCCGACAUCCGCACGCUUGACCAGGUACGCGUCAUCGACAGGGUGUGUGAAAUCCCGCACGAGGGGCCCUUCUGCGACCUGAUGUGGUCAGACCCUGAGGACAUCGACACAUGGGCUGUGUCCCCCAGAGGGGCAGGCUGGCUCUUUGGCGGCAAGGUCACCUCUGAAUUCAACCAGAUCAAUGGUUUGGAGCUCAUCUGCCGCGCGCAUCAACUGGUCCAGGAGGGACUCAAGUACAUGUUCAAUGACAAGUCGCUGGUCACCGUGUGGUCCGCGCCCAACUACUGCUACCGCUGCGGGAAUGUGGCCAGCAUCCUCUCCUUUGAUGAAAAUCUGGAGAGGGUGGUCAAGUAUUUCACGGAAACGGAGGAGAACAGCUCCAUGAUGGCCCCCCGGGCCGCGGUGCCCUACUUUCUGUAA